UGCACGAUGGAAUACCUCCGCUUCGUUGCAGCUUCUCGACGAAUACAUAAACAAAAGAUACUAGAUAUCGAAGAAUUGGUCAUGAAGUUAGGCCCGACCCUUAGACUUAGAGCUGGAGGAGCCGGAGGAGAGGUGGUUUUGAAGGCUGUCGAUACCAUUCCCUUUCCAUAUCGAAAUCUAAGGGCUUCUUGUCGUCUCCCGCGCGGAUACCUUCAUCAUUGUCACCUCCACCACCACAAUCGGAUUCGGGGGGUGGAAGCAGAGAUGGCUGAUGCGGCGAAGAAGAAUAAACAAGAUAUGCUGAUUGAGAGAAACGAUGCCAAGGAUGAGAACAAAGGGGCGGCUGAAAAAAUUCCUUCGCCGCCGGAAAAGCCAUUGCCCGGUGAUUGCUGCGGUAGUGGGUGCGUUCGAUGCGUCUGGGAUGUGUACUACGAAGAGCUGGAAGAUUAUAAUAAUCGCUACAGAAACGAUUCCCAGGAAAAAUCCGAAUCCAAGUCCAAUUGAGAGACGGAGACUUCAACUUCCGCCUGCUGAUAGAUCUGUAUUAUUUGUUUGGAAUUGUUAUUACGCUUUUCCUGUAGUUUUUGUCGAAGAAUUUUCUUUGUCUAAUUCCACGAUUAGAUUUAUCAUUCAGAAUUAAAUUGAUUUAUCAAAAAUUGAUGAAGCGCAUGUUUAUAUGCCCACACAAACAAUUAAUCUGAUGUUACUUUGAUUCGACGGAAUA